GAGGUUUGCUGUGGCAGGAAGGAGGACAGUUACAGUGUGCCAGUAAAGUGCUCCAUAACGCCUGUGUGAGCUACAUGUGACUGAAGAACUACUGCCGGUAGGACUGGCGCCACCUGUUUAAUGUGCAUCUAGUUCUAGACUUUGCUACAGCUGUGCUGGUGUAGAGUGGGGUAGGCACUGGAAGGCAAACUCUUUAUUUAAAGAUCUAGGAACAACUACUGAAUCGAAGAGGGAAAAACAUGCACGACUGGUUCUGAAGCCAACAUGUCUGAGCGACUGGUCACAUCAUUUGAUGACCCUUUAAGGAAAGAAAGACCAGUCUCUCCAGCACCCACUAAUGUUUCCAUUAGUGACCAAUCCAAGGUUGAUCUUCUUAACUUCAGGGAUGAACAUUCAAGUAACCGAUCCAAGGUUGAUCUUCUUAACUUCAGUGAUGAACAUUCAAGACCAGUCUCUCCAGCACCCACUGAUGUUUUGGAGGAUGACCCUUAUGAUGCCAGUAAAGAAGAGAAUGAUGCCACUGACACUGAACUCUACGAGAUCAAAUGUAUGGUCAACAAGGAGAAUAAAGAAACACCAGUGUUGAGCUGCAAUGAUAUUUUUACUCCUUCAAGUUCAAAGCAAGAAGUACGGACAGUUUUGACCAAAGGACUGGCUGGUAUUGGCAAAACAUUUCAAGUUAAGAAGUUUAUGGUUGACUGGGCAAAUGGAAAGUCCAACAAAAACAUAAACUUGAUUGUUUCAUUAACGUUCAGUGAGCUAAAUUCAGGAAAGGUUCAAAGCUUGGAAGAGUUGCUUAACAGUCACUUUAGUGAUGUUCAACAAGAAGUAUGGAACAACAGCAAGUGUAAAAUAGCUUUUAUACUUGAUGGUUUGGAACAAUGCAAGCUUCCACUUGACUUUAAAAACAACAAACAACUGACUGAUAGGAAUGAGGCCGCCCCAAUGGAUGUUCUGCUAACAAACCUCAUAAAGGGAAACUUGCUCCCCUCUGACCAUAUCUGGAUCAUCUCUCAGCCCUCAGGUGUUGAUAAAAUACCCUCUGAAUUAAUUCAGAAAGUGACAGGAUGUCGAGAGACUUUAAAGCGCAGAAAGAAGCUGGUGUCAGACCUAAGGACAAGAUUCUGUAGUGAAUACAUGCAAGUUGAGAACUUGAACCAUCCAAACCAGAAAAACACAGAACACAUCAUGAGAAAGGACAGCAGUGAUGGAGUCAAUGAUCAGGAUAAACUUGGACAGACUGGGAAGAAGACUGUAAAACAAAUCAAUUCAGUCUCUGACAUUUUCAAAGAUUCAGAUGGAAAAAACAUCAGAACUGUUCUGACAACUGGAGAAGCUGGUAUUGGAAAAACUUUCCAAAUGAAUGUGUUCAUAAAACAAUGGGCCGAAAGUAAGAGUUCAGUUUUUAGUGGGGUUAAAAAGUUUAUCACACAUAAGAAAGAUCAAGAACUUACAUUUCCACUUAACUUCUCCAAACUUAGUUUGGUGAAAGAGAACACCGGUCUGGUGGGACUCCUUAAUCAUUUUUUUGAGGAAACUAAAAAAUUUGUAAUCUCUGACUUUGCAAAGUUCAAACUUCUAUUUGUCUUGGAUGGACUGGAUGACUAUAAACACCCUCUAGUUUUUGACCACAGUGACCCAGUAACUGACAUCACAGAACCAGCCCCAGUCAAUGUGCUACUGACAGAAUUGAUCAAAGGAAACCUGCUUCCUUCUGCCAAGAUCUGGGUAACAUCUCGACCUUCAGAUGCUGAACGACUGCCUGCUGACUUUGUUCACAGAAGGACAGAAAUACGAGAGAAACCAGAUGUGGCAAGUCAUCGGAAAUUGAAAUCUGACCUGAAAGACCAGUUUACCCGGGUAUCUGAGGGCAUUGAUAAACAGAAAACCUCUGCUCUACUGAAUGACAUCUUCACAGAUCUGUACAUCAUAGAGGGAGAGAGGGGGGAGGUCAACAGUCAGAGUGAAACCAGACAAGUUCAAGAUGCAAAGUUUAAAAGUGGAGAAGAAACACUCAUUAAAUAUCACAACAUCUUUAAAACUAUCUCUGUAGAAAACAUAACCAUCCGAACGGUGCUAACAAUUGGAAUGGCGGGCAUUGGAAAAACAUUUGCAUCAAUGAAGUACAUGUUGGACUGGGCUGAGGGCAAGGCCAAUGAAAGCAUAUAUUACACAUUUCCACUUCCUUUGCGGGAGCUGAAUUUGAGAAAAGAUACUGAGCACAGUUUUGAAGAACUUAUUCAUCAGUUUUUUCCAGCAAUGGAAACAUCAGAAAUAAUGGAUUACAGUAAGUACAACAUUUUGAUUGUCCUAGAUGGUUUUGAUGAAAAUCGUCUUGACCUGGACUUUGGUGAUUGUACAAAGGUGACAGAUAUGACUACAAAAGCCUCAGUGAAGAUACUUCUGACAAACCUUAUACAAGGACACCUGCUUCCAAAUGCUCAAAUCUGGAUCACGUCCCGACCUGCAGCCUCCAAUAACAUCCCUGCUCAGUGUAUUGACAGAGUUACAGAGGUGCGAGGAUUCAAUGAUGAACAAAAAGAAGAGUACUUCAGGAAGAGAUUCAUUGAUAAAGACCUGGCAGAGAAAAUCUUGGCACAUGUGAAGAAAUCAAGGAGCCUCUACAUUAUGUGUCACGUCCCAGUCUUCUGCUGGAUCGCCUCAGAAGUUCUAGAGGACAUAAUAAGUCGAAACCAAGAUGAAGGGAUGCCCAAGACCCUGACUGACAUGUACAUAAGCCUCCUUUUGCUGCAGUGCAGACAGGCUAAUGUUAAAUAUGGUGGAGGCGAGGAAGAUGAAGGUUCUAAAAAAGAUUCAUGCUGGAAUACAAGGAACAAGGACACAGUCCUGUCUUUGGCAAAACUUGCCUUUGAUGAGCUUCAAAAAGGGAACCUUCUCUUCACUGAGAAACACCUCACAGACUGUGGUAUUAACAUAGAAAAUGCAGCAGUCUUCUCUGGGUUAUUCACUCAAAUCAAACGAGAAGGUCGUGGUCUGUACCAACAGAAAUUAUUUUGCUUUGCACAUCUGAGCAUUCAAGAGUUUCUGGCAGCUUUUCAUGCAUCUUACACAUUCUGCAGCAAUGGUGAAAACCUGCUUACGACACCCGCCUCAACAAAUGCAGAUCUACCUGCAUCCGAUUUCUACAAGACAGCAGUAGAGAAGGCUCUAAGCUGUGAAACUGGGGACUGGGACCUAUUUCUUCGCUUCCUGCUGGGCCUGUCUCUGGAAACAAAUCAAAGUCUACUUCAGGAACUACAGAAAAAGACGGAAAAUACAGAAGAAACCAACAAGAAAACAAUAGAGUUCAUCAAAGAGAAGCUCAGAGAAGAGAACAGCAAUGCAGAUAAAAAUCUCAACCUGUUGUACUGUCUGAAUGAACUCAACGACCACUCUCUUGUGGAAGAGGUGAAGACAUUCCUUGAGUCAAAAGCAAAUGAAUUUGAAAGUUUUUCUGCUGCCCAGUGGUCGGCUCUGACUUUUGUUCUGCUCACAUCGGACAAGAAACUGGAUGUUUUUGAUCUAAAAAAUUACCUAAAGUCAGAGAAAGUUCUCCUUGGAAUGUUGCCAGUGGUUAAAGUUUCUAAAACCACUUUGCUGAGUUGGUGUGAGCUCUCAGAGGAAUCCUGCAGAGGCCUAAACUCCUCAGUUCUCACGUCUGCAUCUUCGAAUCUCACAGAGUUGGACAUGAGUCAUAAUGACCUGCUGGAUUCAGGUGUGCAGUUUCUUGCUGAAGGCUUAAAGAGCAUACACUGCAAACUGGAGAUUCUGAAUCUGGCAGGUUGUCAGGUGUCAGAGGAAGGCUGUUUGUCUCUGGCUAAAGCUCUCAAGACUAACAGGAGCUCACACCUGAAAGAACUGGAUCUGAGCUACAAUCACCCAGGAGACAAAGGGAUGAAGGAGCUCUCUGAGAUUUCAAGCCUGAACCUGAGGUUUGAACAUGGUGGAGCUCACCGGUUAAAGCCAGGCCUAAUGAAGUAUGCUGUAGACUUGGUGUUCGAUGAAAACACAGCAGGCAGGAGGCUUGUUCUGUCUGAAGGAAACAAGAAAGCAAGAACAGUAAAGACAGUGGAUGAGAGAGUCUUGUGGCCUGAAAACAAGAAGCGGUUCAGGAGAUCUCAGGUGCUGUGUGAGUGUGAAGAGGGCCUGGAUGGAAUCUGUUACUGGGAGGUGGAAUGUGCAGGCACAAUCGGCAUUGCAGUGACAUAUGAAGAUGUAGGUAGAACGUGGGACAGGUCUGGUGGCCUAGGGUGCAAUGAGACUUCCUGGAGUUUGCUCUGUUCCAAGGAAGGGUACAAGGCCGUUCAUGUCACCUCAACAGAACAUUUUAAAAAGCCUUGUAGCCCAAAACUAGGAGUGUUCCUGGACUGGGAACGUGGUCUUUUGAGAUAUUACGAUAUUUCAUCAGGAGAGCGUAGUCUCAUCCAUGAAUUCAAAGCAAAAUUUACUAAACCGCUGUUUCCAGGGUUCUGGUUUAAGAAGGGCUCUGUGACUUUGUGUGAGAUGGACUGAACUUCUCUAGGUGAGAUGAGGUCGUAGUGGGGGCUGAAGUCAUAUCCAGUGUAACCAUUUUAUCAACACAGAGUAGAGAUCAAGUAAGCUUUUAGUUAAAUACUACAGUUUUCAUUGCGUAUUGUUAUUUGCCUAGAAUGUGUUUAUAUUGUAAAUCUGCAUCCAAGCCUAUCUGAAAUUCAAAUUUGUCUGUUAAGUAAGUUAUACAAAUAAGUGUUUUUUAGUUUGUAAGUAUUUAAGUUUUAUUUGUUUAAUUAAGUAAAACAUGAAUGUGUUAAUUGUAAACGGAACAAACGACCUGUCAAAUAUAUAUAUACUAUAAUAAUAUGUACAGUAUAUAUGCACGUUGUAUCAUAUCAGUCAGGGCAAAAUAAAGUUAGAGCACCCAAAUAAUUUAGAAUAAUUCAACUCUGACACUGAGUAAAUGGAUAAAACCUUUCAGCAGACUUUCAGCACCUUCACUCCUACCAAUUUAUAAUUCUGCCCCACAGCCAGGAAGACACAAUGAAUUAGAGUCUGAUCUUUACAUACAUGUACUAAUGUAAACUGUGGGGUAAACUGCUUUAGGGUCCAGUAUUUCAUGUCACUGAAUAAUGUGUUUAACAACUGUGUGUGUGUGUGUGUGUGUGUGUGUGUGUGUGUGUGUGUGUGUGUGUGUGUGUGUGUUCCAGCUGCCAUUUAAUCCAUCCAUCCUCAGGUUGCUCUGCUCCCACUGCGUGCAUCCACUCUGCCACUCACAGCCCAUCACAUUCUGCAUUCCUCCACCUUCCCAGGAUCCCAGGACCCAGGGUGCAUGGCUGCAGGGCGUUACUAUGGCACCAGGGUGAUGAGGUCACUCCCCUUUGGUACUAAAAUGAUUAGAUGCGAGCUGAAGGGGUAAGAUAGGAAAGGAUGAAGUGAGAGUAAGCGAGCGGGGGAGGAGGAGCAUUAAGACACUUUGGUGACACAUUAACAUUGUGUUUUGUGUGCAUGUUUCUUACUGGUGGCAUAAUACAUGGACUAAAAAGCACCAUUUAUUAAUCAUGUUCUCUUGUUGGCGAAAGUGAAGUUGGGCAGAUCGGUUUGCACCUGUACAUUGUGGAUUUUAAUAAUUUUGUCCAUGUUUAUCAAUAGGGAAUCUUUACUCAUCUUACUGUCAGAUUUGUCUGUAUUUACACCAUGAGUGAGUCUGCAAACUGCUCACCUGUCAAGUACAAUAUAAACUAACAGAUAGUAAAAGAGAAAUGUGGGCAUAUCACAGUCAUGGUUUAGAUCAUCAGUGCGUCUGGAAUGUAGGGUCGAUUUUUACAAACUUCAGAUGAACCGUAACACAGACACCAGGUUCUUAACAGGGUGUUGGACUGCAGUGAACCAGAUACCAGUGUUAAAACCGAUGUCUGAUAUGGGCUGCUGACACUUUCACACUUUUAUAUAUAACCUCCGACUACCCGAAUAUAAAUACACUGACCCCCUCCACUAAACAGAGAGUCACUUUGUGGCAGUGUAGCAAGGAUGUGUAUGUUAGAGAGUGUGUUUGGAUGUGUGUGUGCAAAUGUUGGUGUCUCUAAACCUCCAGGUCCCUCCUAUAGGAAUCUUAACCAUCAUCAUCAGCGUAGCAAAGUGGACCCAUCACUACUACCAGGUGCAGGGCUUUUUACAGAUACUUUGCUGGCUAUGUGAUGAUUGAUGGACGUGUGAAGGAACGUCCCAAUGGGUGAUGAAGGCAGAGACCCUAACAGCCUUUACUUGUUAG